GGUCCUAUUAGCUCAUAGAACGGUCCGUACGCGACAAUAAGUAUCGCAGAUUGUGUGUGAAUACUUAGUGGCAGUGUCGUGCUAAGAACGGACUUUUUUAGAUCCACAAUGCCCGCAUCCGUAACGUUCGGGACGAAUGAAAAAUGGCGGAUAAACAGGAACAUAUUCGUGUUGGGCUUCGCUUUUAUGAUACACUUCACGGCCUUCCACGGUGCUGCGAACCUCCAGAGCUCUGUGAACACCGACGCCGCAGCUGGCACGUUCACACUAGCGGCUAUAUACUUCUCUCUGAUCCUGUCUAAUGUGUUCUUACCUGCUAUGGUUAUAAAGUGGCUAGGAUGCAAGUGGACGGUAGCGUUGUCCUUCAUACCAUAUAUGCCUUUCAUCGCAGCUCAAUUUUACCCUCGCUUGCACACCCUUGUCCCCGCGGGAAUGAUGGUUGGGUUAGGCGGAGGUCCACUAUGGUGCGCAAAGUGUACUUACUUAUCUGUGGUGGCGGAACCCUAUGCGAAGCUAUCUGGUAUCUCAGCUGAAGUGUUGGUGGUUCGCUUCUUCGGUCUUUUCUUCAUGUUUUACCAAAUGGCACAGAUCUGGGGAAACCUCAUAUCUUCAGCAAUCCUAACGUCAAGUUUGGGUGAUAUCACUGCAUAUACCAACGAAUCUUUGGCGCCAAACGCUUUUGCUUUGAUCAAUUACACAGAACCAACACCGGACUAUGGGGCGACUUGUGGCGUCAACUUCUGCAGCGGGAGUGACGCUCAUGAAAACACAAAUUUGGAACCACCCUCGGCGCUUAAAAUACAGGUGAUAGCUGGCGUGUACUUGGCCUGCAUGGCGUGUGCCUGCAUCCUAGUUGCUGUUGGUGUCGACUCGCUUGGCAGAUACAACGCAGGCCGUCAGUCAAUAGCUCAUGGCAAGUCUGGACUGCAGCUGCUGGCUGUAACCUUGCGGCAACUGCGUCACAAGUACCAAUUAUUACUUUUGCCUGUAAUUGGCUACAUUGGGGCGGAACAGGCUUUUAUGGCUGCUGAUUUUACACAGGCGUUUGUCGGUUGCGCAUACGGCAUCCCGAACAUUGGUUUCGUGAUGAUUUGCUUCGGUGUGUUCAACGCCCUUGCGGCGCCCGUGGCAGGUGCAGUGGUCAAGCUUACUGGAAGAUACCCUGUCAUGCUCACAGCUCUGAUUUUGAAUUUGUGUCUCAUAACGGCACUCCUGCUGUGGCGACCAGACCCGUCGCAGUGGCUUAUGUUUUACUUCCUAGCUGCUAUUUGGGGGACUGCGGACGCUGUUUGGCUUGUACAAGUCAAUGCAUUUUCUGGAAUAUUGUUUCCUGGUGAUGAAGAAGCUGCAUAUUCAAACUUCAGAUUGUGGGAAGCCACUGGCAGCGUACUCUCUUAUGCAUCAGCUCCUUAUCUCUGUGUUAGAACCAGGUUAUACACACUCCUAGGUCUGCUUAUAUUAGGAUUCUCAGGAUAUACCCUAAUAGAAGUCAUGGAAUAUCGAGUGAAAAGGCGGCACCAUCAAGAGAGAAAUUUUGAGCUCGUGGAGAAAAAUGAGCGAGAGUGAUUGUGCUAUUUUUUAUUCGCAGGCGUUUAAUUUUACGAAGCAUGACGGAUAAUUUCAACGAAGGAUAUAAAGACGAGUGUGAAUUGUAGCUGUUAUUUGUUUAUAGUUCAAUUAAAAAUUACGAUAAGAAAAGACACUAAGUCUCCCUUUUUAUAUGAGUAAUGAGCAGGCAACCUGCGCCCUUUAUUUAUCACGGUUUUGGCAAAGUUCUCGGACUGAUGAGGUCCUGCGUUCAAUCCCCGACUGACUCCAGAAAAUAAUCACUAGAGCCCUGGUCCCAAUAUGGGAACGGUUUAUCAGUUUUUUAUGGAAAUGUGCAAUUAUAACUGAUGGGAUAAGUAAAAUUUGUCAAGGAUUGUGGAGCUAAGAUGUGAUAUUAAGUAAAUCUAAUAAUUGCUUCGUCACCUUCUAAUUAUAAGACUUAGGAAAUAAGGAAAACAAUAAGUCUGCGUGAAGUUUUGUAUACGUUCCUAGCAAAUAGUACUUGUAAAUAUUUAAAAAAACGAUUAAAAUAAAACGAAAAAUCGAUAAAAUCAUUGUUUUAUUCUCCUUCACAUAAAUACUUAAAAUGGAUCGAACUUAAUCCGGAAUUAAGAUCUACAUAGGCUAUAUAAUUAA